AUGGAUUCGAGUGAUUUUUUUAUAGAUACAAUUAGACGAGAAAUAACGGAAAAUAGCCUGCAACUGAAAGCCCUAAUACAAGAUAUCGACGAGUGUGUGGGACCCAUAGUGGAAUUACAGGCGUUAAAUAACGCUGGUCGUUCGAAAAUAAGCUCGCUAAGGAAACUAAUAGGUAAAUUAGGCGAUGUGGCGAAAGAGAACAAAAGCGCCGCCUUGGAAAAGGAGGUCCUGCUGCAACGAGAGCAAUUGAUCAGCAGCAUGGAUUCGUUCAAGCAGGCGAAUUUAAAGUCGAUGCUAGCCAUAGAAAAGGGCGCCAAGGAGGAGCUCCUCAAGCCGAAGCACCCCGACAAAGAAGUGCGGCAACGCCAGAAAAGGGACAAGGAAAAUAUGGCUACGAUGAGUUCAAACGUGACCGAUCAAUUGCUCUCUAUUAGCAGACAGUUGGCGCAGACUACGCAGAGAAGCGCCGCCACCCUAGAAACGCUGGUGUUCUCCUCGGAAACCGUCACGGGCACGAAAGAAGAACUGAAAGUUACUUCGGGCGUCAUCGGACAGUCCGGAAAACUGCUAGCCAAAUACGGCCGAAGGGAGUUUACGGAUAAAAUUUUAAUCGACUGGAACCAAUACGUACCGUGUUCUUGUGUAGUGCGUCGCGACCAUUGGUCUACAAUUCGUCGACCAAUCAUUGGGAAAGUGCACACUAAAAUAUCCAAUAUGGAAAGCCAGAUAGCCACGACCGCGGACGGUCAGGUGGUGACCCUCCCCAUCCAAGGGGUGGCCCCCGGCCAGGUCCAGAUGAUGCAAGUCAACGCCGGCCAGAUAAUCCAAGGGGCCAACGGGCAGCAAAUAAUGGUGCACGCCGUACCUUCCGGCGGACAAAUCCAAGUAGCAACGACCGGCGGUACGCAGGGACUACAACAGAUUCAGGUGGUGCCUGUGAGCAGCCUGCAAUCCGGACAAGUGCUGGUGCAACAGCAACAACAACCUCAAUUAGUGCAAACUUCGGACGGGCAAACGUUUCUAUACCAUCCCAUGACGAUCGAAGGGAGCAGCUUACAACAAGCCAGUCCUACGGUGUUGAACAUAAACGGGAAUCUAGUACAAAUAGCGGGUACUGCUCAAGCGGCCACGACCAACGGAGUGGCCCAGACCACUGUGGCUUCGCCUACUUCGCAAGUGGUGCCCCAAACGUUAACCACGGCGCCGCCCGGACAACUGGCUAUGGCUAACGGAAAUUUAGUCAUGGUGAGAAACAGCGCAGAUAUGGUGCCCGGUACGAGCAAUCAACAGUUUCAGAGAGUGCAAAUUCCUACCACGGAAUUUUUGGAAGAGGAACCGCUGUAUGUUAAUGCUAAGCAAUAUAGGAGGAUACUGAAACGACGACAGGCCAGGGCGAAGCUCGAAGCCGAAGGGAAAAUACCGAAAGAACGACCGAAAUACCUACACGAAUCUCGCCACAGGCAUGCCAUGAACAGGAUAAGAGGUGAAGGUGGUCGGUUUCAUUCCGGAUCAGUUAAAAAACAAAGGGAAGCGAUGGAGAGGCAACAACAGCAACAACAACAACAACAACAGCAACAACAGACGCAUCACGAAGUUCAAGGGACAAUUGGCGUUUCGUAUGGGAAUUUAGACAUGGGUACUCCGAUUAUAAUCGAGAGUGUGAUGUCUAAUAUUAUAAAACCGGAUCCUUGUUCCAUAGAAGGGAAUUAGUACUGGUAGAAAGUACUGUUAAAACAAUUUAUUUAUUAUUUUGUAAAUUUUGUGAAUAGCGAUAACUUUUUAUGUAUUUCUAUAUGAAUAUCCAGUGCAUUUACGAUUCUUUCUUUAAUCCUUAUCUAACAGUAGGAACGAUUGGUUUGGUCCUUUUUUUAUUGUAUAGAAAUUAUAGUAAAUGCGCGAGAUUUGUAUUUCCAUCGACGAUGUUUUGUUUAUGUUUAAUUUUGCGGUUAAACGAUACUUCCCUUUUGUACAUUUGUUAACAAUUUUUUGACUGAUCGAUAGCUGUAAUUUAGUUGUACUUUGAAUACGCAUUCAGUUAUAUAAACUAAUUGAAUUUUUAA